AGUUGUAUGAGGAGUGAGUGACUAUUUGCAGUUUACAGUCUAGCUGCGCUCAUUUCAGUCCAUGUUUAUUUUGCCUACUACAAUGCUGUAAUGCUUUUUGUAAGGAGAGGGCAUAUUAUAUAUUUUUAAUAAUACGGAUUUGGAUUGACCCCAUCAAUCAUCGGUUUGUUGUUUGACUUUUCUCAGGCAUACCGCUGCACCCUGACCUUUUUAAAGGGGCAAUCUGGGAUUGGGAUACAUCCUGCUGGAACACGGACAUCCUGGAUGAGUAGUGAGCAGUGAUGAGUGACAGGGAGGCAACCCAGGCCCAUGUCCUUCUGUCAUCACAGGGCCACCAGACAGCACUCCACCGAGCAGCCAUGGUGGGGAACAGUGAUAUCAUAGACGGACUCAUCAAGGGAGGCUGCGCUCUAGACCUGCAGGACAAGGACGGCAACACAGCGCUCCAUGAGGUCUCAUGGCAUGGCUUCUGUCAGUCAGUCAAACUGUUGGUCAAGGCUGGGGCUGACGUUCACGCCAGGAACAAGGCAGGAAACACAGCUCUCCACCUGGCCUGUCAGAACGCCAAUGCUCAGAGCGCCCACGUGCUGCUGCUGGGAGGCUCCAGACCAGACAUCAAGAACAAUGUGGGGGACACCUGUUUGCAUGUGGCAGCACGUUACAAUCACCUGGCCAUGAUCAAGAUUCUGGUGGGCGCCUUAUGCUCUGUUACGGAGAAAAACCAGCUAGGGGACACUGCUCUCCAUGUGGCGGCUGCCCUAAACCACAAGAAAACUGUUCAGCUCCUCCUGGAGGCAGGGACUGACGGCAACGCACGGAACAAAGCAGGGAAGACUGCCCUGGACAAGGCCAGAGACUACAACCACAAAGACGUGUCUCUCCUGCUGGCCAGAGCUCCUCAGGUCCACUGUUUCACUAGAGGAAGGACGGUGAGGAAGAAAAGGGACCGGCUGAAGGCAGAACGCAGAACCCAGUCUGUCACCAGAGAAGAAAUGCUGCCCAACAAGGACAGUGGGUACAUGGCUGAGGCGUCUCACUGUAGUGAGCGUAUGGCCAGCAGGGCCGGCCUCAACAGAGCAGAGCUGCCUCACCAUCAUCACCACCGCCUUCACUACAGUAAAACAUCAGUCCCCCCAACCAGCCCUUACCACAGAAGGAGAAGACAUAAGCUUUUCAAAGAACAGGUGCUUGGGGGUGUCUCAGGGGAUUGGGUUGUGAGGAUAAAGACAAUUUCUGUUCUCUGCAAGAUAAUGGACAUUAAAGUCUUCUUCUUCCAGGCCUUGGCAGAGGAUACUCCUAGAAGAAGAAUGAAUGGCCAUCUCGACCUCCACAGGAAGAGCAGACUGUGUACACGUGAUGAAGCCCCUCCUCACAACGGCAAAACCUAUCAGCUAUACACCCUGUACCGCGACAAGGACGGCAAUGUCAAACAGGCCCCAGCCAAUGGCUGCCACUGUAAGCCCCUGAUCAAGAGGCUAGAGGGAGAGCUGAACGCCACUAAAGAGGAGAUGAGGACACAGAUGCUGACGGUUCAGGAGCAAGUCUAUACUAGGCUUGGGAGGAUGGACCGCAAGAGCAUACACCAGAUCAAAGUGCUGGACAUGCUGACCCAGGAGAGGGUGGCAGCAGAGAGGAUGGAGUGCCUCUACAGGAUGGACCAGAGAGCUGCCCAGGGCAGAGAGGAGGCACAGAGGAGACAGCAGGCAGCAGCGACCCAGGAGCUGAAGAGGUGGUGCAUGACUCAGAUCCAGGAUAUGGACUUCCACCUCCCAGCCGACCCCCAGUACUACAAGCUGCUCCCCUCUCCGUCGGUGGAGCAGUCUGUGGGGGACGAUGGAGACUCAGAGUGCCUCCCCCUGCUCUCUGUCUUCUCUGGGGACAGCAGCAGCUCUCUGGCUACCUACGUCAACCGGCUGCCAUGCCCCUCACCCUCGCCCUCAACCACCCACAAUGCACCACACAGUCCGGCGAUGGAGCAGGGCCAGGGUCAGGGGUCGGGCAGGAAGUACUUUGAGCUGAAGCUGGACAGAUCACCAGAUAACUACCAGAACACUACUCUUCUCCCUCUGCCAGCUCAACACCAUCACCCAGGAAUCCUCCUGAGCUCUACCGCCCCCCGGUGUCAGCAUCCAGAACUGCUCGACAAUCCCAUUCCGGGGCUGAUCUGGGAGGGCUGCUCCCGCAGUGUCAGCAGCAGCCAGUCUCCCACCAGCAACUGGAAGCAGGGCCGGGGCCAGGACAGUCAUGGCUGGCACCACAGGAAGCACCUCCGGGACCGGAUCAGGACGCGUGGCCUGAUGAGACCACCCAGUGUCGGGACCAGGACCCUGGAGUUCUUCAUGGACAGACCCCCUGAGCCCACAUUCAGUCAGGAGAGAAACAACCUACACGCCAUGGAGGUGACCCAGAGGUUCUUUGAGACAGUGUCCACUCAGCUGGAGUGCUGGUAUGAGAGGAAGAUCCAGGAUGCCAAGCGGCAGGCAGAGCUCAAGGCACAGCAGGACAGGACCGAACUCCUGCAGCGAAUUAGAAGCCUGGAGGAGGAGCUUGAACAGCUCAGGAUGACCAAUGGGAGCACAGACAGUUGAUGCUAACCGGGCUGACAUCAUGAGUUUGAGCAGAGGAAGAGGCGAAGCGAGAGGGUUUACUCUGCCCAAAAUCUGUCCACAAAAAUAAGACCACAAAGUGAGGAAUUUUUUAUGGAGGACAAUGAGUCGAAUUUGGUUAAGAAAAACUUGAAUUGCUAACUUGAUCAAAUAAAAGUUUUGUAAUGGUUAGGUUGUUACGAAUGCACUGAUAUAAGUGAACGCAUGUGGCAUUUCGCCAACUUAAAAAAAAUAAAACUUCAUCUGAGUUGUGCCUUUUGUUCACACACGUAUCUGCCCUCUAUUGGCUAGAAUAGUCCCACCUGAUGUCGACUACUUUGGCCUGCCUUCCAUCAAAGACAAUACAGUGCUUCCAUCUUUGAGGACACUCAUUUCCAAUGUUAGUGGUCACUUGACUAUCUUGUCAAUAUAAUAGAUUGUCUUUGGUUUGACCCUUACCUUAACCUAAUUGUAACCAAUUUGAAAAUGAAAUAUCACAUCUGCUACGUCCCCUUUGUUUUUCCCAUUUAUUGCUUAUACAGUGCCUUGCAAAAGUAUUCAUCCCCCUUGGUGCUUUUUCAAUUUUAUUGCAUUACAACCUG